CCAAAUAUAAAGAAUUCACGCGUCAAUCUCUCUCUCUCAUUGCCACGCUCCUUUCGAAGAAUCCAGAGACUCACGCUAAUCGCAGACAUCAAAGUGUAAACAAUUCAUAAUCUCUCUCUCUAAAAACCAGGUUCUCCAGCAAAUGCAUUAAUCUCUCACCAGCCAUGAAGAAAUACCCCCAUUAAUGCCCCACAAAAAUUCAUGGAUCUUUCACUACAAGACCUCGGUUUCCAAGACAAGUCCUCCAGAAAUUCUCAUGGCGCCUUCCUCUGCGAUCAUUUUGACGCUGAAUUGGUCCACAAGAUAGCUCAGCUUCUCCUCCCUGGCUUAGCUUCAGCCUGUGUGGACACCACAAUGGGUGAUCUCUUCAGAACCCCUUCCUCUGUGGCCAUUGAAACCAGAAAGGAAAUGGUUGAUUUUCUCACUCAAAAGAGCGAAGCCCACAUUGCCGAGUCUAUGAUCGAAGAAGGUAGCACCGAUUCAGGAAACCCCAUUGAUUCCAUAUCUGAUUUCAUGGAUGAUUUUGUCGAUUCGAAGAAAAAUUUGCUCAGUAGGGUCUCGGCUUGGGUUCUGAGCGACAGGCGUGAGGACAAGAUCGAUGACUUUAUGCAAGAGCUUGAAACAAAUGGGUUUUGGCUAAUUAGCAGGCGAGAAUCAGUUGCAGAGAUCUUGUUAAGAAAUAUUGAUUUGAAGGGAAAUUAUUACUGUGGAUUCAAAUUUGAAAACCGAGAUGAGUUCAUUGAGCAUAGGGGGAAUUGUAGGUUUCGUUUGCUGAAUUGUGGGAACGAAGGGUGCGAUUCCACUUUCUGUGCAGUUUAUGCAGAGAAACAUGAUAUGGGGUGUCCAUUUAAAGUUCUUCCAUGCGACCAAAAGUGUUCAGAGAGUAUUUUAAGGAGAGAGAUGGAUAAGCAUUGCAUAACUGUUUGCCCCAUGAGGCUUGUGAAUUGCCCAUUUUAUCAGGUUGGGUGUCGCUCUUCUUUUCCUCAGAGUAAAAUUGAGGACCACUGUAGAGAGUGUCUUGAAUCUCAUCUCGUGUUUGUCCUCCAAUUGAUUCAUAAGAGGGAUGCUUCUUCUAUCGAUGAUCUGAAAGAGCGGGCCUCAUUGCUAGAGAAGUCACCAUCUCUUACUCAGCGAUCGGCAAAAAUGGACGUGAGAUCAUUAACCUUGGCAGUUAAGGAGUUAGAAGCAAAGAUGGAUAUAAUUUGAGGUCAACCUUGAUUAGAUUUGGCCAAAGAAAAAUCAAACGAUUGAUGUCAUCUGGAGUUGCCAAGUGAAGAGUACAGAUUGGUGGCCAGCCACAUUAAUGAUACACAUGUUAUUUUGAAACCCCCCAAAUUUUACAGCACCCUGUAGUUAAACACUGAUGUUCCUCAUAUAUUUUCGCCCAAGUCUUUCCCCCUUUUUAUUUUUUAUAUUUUAAAUCUAGCCAUAAAAUCAUAUGGUCCUCUUGAUUGGUUGUUUUGUGGGUCAGUACCAAGGUUCCUGUUCACUUGAUUACCUUCUUGUUGAUCCGCAACUAACCCUGCUUUUUUAUAUAUUUGAUUGUUUAUUUGU